GUAUAUGGCAUUAAUGAAUAGUUAGCAAACAGAAUAUAAAUAGUAGCCAGUGCCAAAGUGCAGUGAAAACAUGAAACUUUGUUGCAUUGUCCGUUGAUUUUCCAGUAUUUAUUGCCAAUUUAAGUCAUAAAGCCGGGCCAAAUAAUGCAAACCGGUUUGCUAGAAUCCGAUUAAGCUCUAGCGUUAGCCAAGAUCGCUUGAUACUCGGUUGUUGAUACCUGGUUGAUGGCCGGAGUUUCUCCAGCACUUUGUGACUGGAACUCACUUGGAAUGGUGGUCCGAUGGAAAGUGAGAGUACUACUGCCGGUGCUGCUGUGGUUCCUCUUUCAGGGGAUUCCCCUGCUGGCCAUUCGCCUCACGCCCUGCCAACUCGCCGGCCAGCUGUACAUACUCGAUGUCCCCAAAUCGGAACUGCCCCUGUGGCUAUGCAUUGCCCAGUUCGAGAGUCGCUUCAACACGCACGUCGUGGGCCAACGCAAUGACGAUGGCUCCCGGGACUAUGGACUCUUCCAGAUCAGCGAUCGUUACUGGUGUGCACCGCCAAAUCAGACGGAAUACCAUGCCUUUAACGAGUGCAAUGUGAACUGCACACGACUGUUGGGCGAGGACAUCACAAUGGCUGUCCAGUGUGCCAAACGCAUCCAGCGGCAGCAGGGCUGGACUGCCUGGUCUGUGUACCCGGAGUUCUGCAACGGCACUUUGGAGGCCAUUGACGAGUGCUUCCAACCAGGCAAUACCACAACCGAAUGCUCAGACGAGGUCAUAGGUUGUUAGAGAUAGUCUCGGGCCGUUAUUAUGUCAUCACUGCCGAAAAUAUGUUAA